AUGUCCGCCCUCCAAACAUUUCAGCACGAAAUGGACGAGAUUGCGAAACAACGAACAGCCGCAGCACUCGGUGACAAGGAGAACCAGAGCCACAAGGCGUCAGUUGAGAAGGGCAAAGCCAAAGACGAGUUCAGCUCUAUAGGCGACUCAAAUGACACCCUCGAGAUCGAGGAAACGUUUCUUCAAGCACUUCUAUCGCCGGCUCCAUCAGACCAUGACCGCGCUCGCGACCUCGUUGCCUCACUCAUUACUCAGAACUUUGGCGAAUAUGUAUUCAGGAUAGGUUUACGCCCGCCUCAGGCGAAACUAUUCACCGAGGAGCUUUCUGACGACGAUACUGGAUGGACAGGGGUCGCCCGCACGGAGGCUGAGGUAAAAACGAUUACAGAGAAAAUCACCACUGUUGUCGAGGAGGUAGGGGGGAAGACCUCGGUGCUGUUUAGCAAUCAUUCUGGAAAGCGACACCGCGCAUCGUUACUAUUACGUUUACCGCCUUUGAGCGUCUCGCAAACACCAGAGGCAAAUCCCCAUACCAUCAUGUUCGAUGUUGCUGUGUGGGUAAUGUUGACGCUGGUUUCAGGAAAAUCCAGCUUCCUAGGCGUUCUUACACGAGGCGGACUCGAUGAUGGCAGGGGACGGGCCCGCGUUGGACUCUUUCGGCAUAAACACGAGAUUGAGACUGGGCGAACUUCGUCCAUCGGAAUGGAGAUACUAGGAUUUGGGCCAGAUGGCAAUCCUAUUCUCCCCACAACCGCGCAUUCGCAGGAUGUGGAUGUGAUUCGCCGAGAGAAGCUAGGCUGGGAGGAAAUCUCUAUACAAGCAGCCAAGAUCGUCUCAUUUAGCGACCUGGCUGGCCACGAGCGAUACCUGAAAACAACCCUGUACGGUCUUACAUCAGGCGCACCUAGCUGUGUGAUUCUCAUUGUGGGGGGGAAUGCGGGGCUCAUUGGAAUGUCGAAAGAGCAUUUAGCCAUCGCGCUUGCUCUGGGUGUACCUAUCGUCGUCUGUAUCACCAAGAUCGAUAUGACUCCUCCCAACGUAUUAGAGGAGACUAUCAAGCAAGUUACCAAGAUUCUCAAGAGCCCUGGUUGCCGCAAAACACCAGUAUUUGUCAAGUCGAUGGAAACCGCAGUAGAGAUUUCGAUGGCAUUUGGAAAAGACAGAUUAUGUCCCAUCUUUUUGAUCUCGAAUGUUACUGGACAAGGGCUCGAUUUUGUUCGAACCUUCCUGAAUCUGCUACCUUCGAGCGAGACAGAUCCUGAGAAGUUUCCCAUUGAUCAGCCAUUAGAGUACUGUGUAACUGAGGUCUGGUCUGUUCCCUAUGUCGGUAAGCCACCCAUUGGUGACCCUGAUUCCAUCUCUAACGAUUUUCAGGAUCUGUUGUUAAUGGCAUGCAUCGUCAACUCUGGAGUGGUCAAGACCGGUGAUGCAAUUCUGUUUGGGCCUGACUCCAACGGGAACUUCCAGCCGACCGUUGUGCGGAGCAUGCAGCGCAAACGGGCGGAUAUCACUAGAGCAGAGGCUGGUCAGUGUGUCUCGUUGGCCCUCAAACGCGUGCGAAAAGCCGCCAUUCGCAAAGGCAUGGUGAUAGUGCACAAAGAGACGCAGCCCAAAGCGGUGCGCCAGUUCGAAGGCCAAGUUUUGAUCCUGUACCAUAAUACGACACUACAGAAGAACUAUCAGGCAAUGCUGCACUGCGGGGCAGUACGGCAGACGGUUCGCAUCAUCGACAUGGAUGCAGAACAUCUUCGGACAGGAGACCGUGCCAAGGUCACCUUCGAGUUCAUCUCGCAUCCUGAGUAUAUCAAAGAGGGCCAGAAACUUCUUUUCCGCGAGGGGAGGACGAAAGGACUGGGAGUUGUGUCGCGGAUAGUCGCAUAA